ACGGAAAUUGUUAAAAUGACUUGUCCAAUAGGAUUAAACUUCUCACUUCAGUUGAGUAGAAAUGUUGUAUUGGUUUGCAAGUUAACUGCUAAAGGGAAUCCAUACAUUGUUUGUGUAUUGAAAACUAAGAAAAGGGAAAUAAUUGAACAUGGAGUCCUUGGAUAGACUGGAGAACCUUGCCUCAAGUCUUGAGACCAUGGCAUUGAAUGGUUUUCAGGCUACUACGGUUGACAAUGGACAGAAGGACAGCUCACCUGCAGAGAUGCUAAGGAUGAAAGAACAGAUGUCAAAUCAAUGUUUUGAGAUGGCAGUGAAGCUCCAAGCAGGAAAAAGCAAAAGAUCUUCUUGCAGUGCAUCUGAUGCUGAGAAAGACUUGCUGGAUUAUGCAAAUAAUUUGGAGGAAGCAAAAAUCAUUCAUUUUAACAAGACAUUGGCCUUACACAGGAUGCAGGUGUGGCAUGCCAUCUCUGAGAAGCUGAAACAGAGUGAUCCAGAGGCUGUAGCAAUGAGGGGACUGACCAGUUGUAGCCUAGACCUUUGUUCAAAGAUAAAGACACUUCAGCAGGAAUCAUGUGAGCUGCAGAACCAAAUCACAGAUGUUAAAAAGCAGAGGCUAGAUCUAAAGCGUCUCACUCAUGAGAAGAUGAAGGAGAUGGAUGAACUGAAGAGGAAGAGGGAGCACCCAGAGGCAGAGAAGUACAGAAAUGUCCUGCAGAAAGGCCAGUCUCAUCUGGAGAAGUACCAGAAGAUGGCCACCAUCACACAGAAUGUCCUGCGGGGGAUCAUCAUUGCCAGUAAAGUGAACUGGAGAGACGACCCCAAAUUGAGAGACAUCUCCAUGAUGCUGGAGGACAUUCCCAUCUCUGAGGAAUGAGCUUUCCGCAUGGAAGGGAAACAUUUCUGUGACAUUGUUUAUAUGUAUAAUAUGUUCAGUUAUCAAGGGAGAGGGGGGAGAGAUAACAUGAACUGAUGUUAAGAGCACUUGGUAAAGUGCAUAAUACACUGCAUCAGAUAUGGACAUAUUUUUGUAAUAAACCAUUAGUUGUUUUUACAAUAAAAAAACAUAUUUGUA